AAUGUAAGCUGAGAGCUCACGUAAACAGAGUAAAAUCAUUAACACCAGUAGUGAGGUGGUUUUUCGAACAAUUGUGUCGUUCUUUGUCGUGUUUUUUGGUGUUCUAAUCAUUCUCGAAUUGGAUCUCCUUCAAACAUGUCACUGGGCGAAAAAAUUCUUAUCACAUUUUAGUUUUUUGUACUGUUGAUAGAUAAGCAAGUGUUGCAUUUGUAUUUUAACACCAGAUGAGAUCAAUGAAGUCACUAAAAUUCAACUACAGUGUGGUUAUUUGAUUGUGUAUCGUUUAUAUCGAUCAGUUUAUUUUGUGUGUUGUAUUAUUCUGCGCUGGCCUUUUUGUACAAAAUUUUCUCGUCAAAACACUUCACCAAAACGUGUACGAUUCUGUGUGUUUUGUUCAUUUGAAAUGAAAAUCGGCCCAAUUCUUUUCAUCGGUGGUGUGAACUUCGCCGUUUUGACAACAGCUUUAGUGUUGAAUUUGCUGGACAAUUAUAUCGACGAACAAUUGUAUCUCGGAUUACGCGAAUAUAUUAAUACAACGCACAAAGACUGCGUUUGGCGGAAUGCGUUUAAAGAUCGUAAACUUUGUACCAAAGAUGUAAGAAUUUGGCUAUAUUCCAAUGGAACCAACAAAGAAUUGAUAGAUCCAAUGAGCCCUGAUUGGCUGUUGGAUACGCCACAUUGGAAUGCGGAUAAAGAGAAUGUCAUCUUUAUUCAUGGGUAUGCUGCCGGUGAUGGCAGCCCACCAACACUCAUAAUGCAAGAAGCUUUCAUACAAAGUGGAGAAUACAACUUUUUCAUGAUCGAUUAUGGACCAGUGAGCCGCGCACCGUGCUAUGUGUCACUCGUCCAGAACAUUAAAUAUGUUAGCAACUGUGUGGCAUCUUACCUCAAAAACUUCAUGAAUUCCGGCAUGCAAAAGCAAAGCAUCACAUGCAUUGGUCAUAGUAUCGGUGCACAUGGCUGCGGCCUCUUAAGACGAUACCUGGGAUUCCGGCUGAAAAAAAUUAUUGGCUUAGAUGCAGCACUUCCCUUGAUCUCCGAUACGGAUCGAUUAAGCUGGCGCGAUGCAACCUUUGUACAGACAAUUCAAACAAAUGCCGGCUACUACGGUGACAUAGGAUCGAUUGGCCAUUUAGAUGUAUGCAUCAACAAUGGCAAUAUGCAACCGUUUUGCCAAAAUUCUCAAAAUCCAAAUCUGUGCAGCCAUUUGUAUGCAAUGUGUUUUGUAGCUCAGAGUUUGUUCAACGAUGAAUAUCAAAUGGAAGCCAAGCGCUGUACACAAGUGUGUCCGCAUUUGAGUGUGUUUCAAAUUGCAAAAGUGUUCAAUCCGUCCGAUCAGUCAGCCAUUCAUGACAACUCCAUUGCUGGUGAUACACCAGACAAUAUUGUGCUUAGCAUGAACAUGAGUGCUCAUGGAUCAUAUUGCUUAUCAGCUAUGGAAAAGCCGUUUUGUUCGAGGACUAAAGAAAAAAUUGGCACACGAAGAUGUUGCAGUUUUGUCGAUAUGUUUACCUAAAAUACUCGUAAAUUAGAUAG